AAAUAACAAUAAUGACUCCAAUGAGUGGGGUUUGUUUCUCAACCUCCGGGCUGUGUUUUUCGCUGACGUGAAUGGACUGUUUUCCUUUUCUAAUUCUCUUUGUUUUUAUAUCAGCUCUUGUGUCAUUCUUGAUUCUUCCUGUGACACUUCAUUGCUAUUAUUAUUAUUAUUACUCUCUCUGAAACAUCUGGUGUCUUUGGUUCCUCCCCUUUGGACCCAUACUUUCUCCCCACGAGGGUCCAGCCAACUUGACAAGUACCCUUGCUCGUCAUUUUUCUCUCCUCAUCGCCGCUUCAUUUCCCUUUUCUUUGAUUUCACAUCCCUCGUGCAUCCUGCAAUAGAUCGAUAUUGUUCACCAUAGAGUAUCAUAUCAAAGCGAGCCACUCACCAUGCUCGGACUCGGCGUCUUAGCCCUCCUCCCCUUCGCGGCGUCCAAGGCCAUCUUCUCGCGCCAGACAGCUUGCAACAAUUCUCCCGACCUGUGCGACAAAUCCUAUGGCGAGAUUACCCAUCUGGGGGCGCAUGAUAGCCCGUUCGUGCGGGAUGCCUCGACGAGCUACUCGACGUUUGGGAAUCAGUACUUCGACACGAUCGUCCAACUCGACGCUGGCGUCCGGAUGGUCACGGCCCAGGUUCACAAGGAAAGCGGAGAGUGGCACCUAUGCCAUUCGCUGUGUGAAACCAUGGACGCAGGGAAACUGAGCUCGUGGCUGGGGAAGAUCAAGAAAUGGCUGGAUGAUAAUCCCAACGAGGUGGUGACAAUCUUACUGGUCAACUCGGACGACGCAACGGCGAGCGACCUGAACUCGGAAUUCGACAAGGCCGGUGUCGUCAAAUACGCCUACAAACCGACGUCGACAGCCGCCCCCAGCUCGUGGCCCACGCUGCAGAAGAUGAUUGACGACGGAACGCGGCUAGUGACAUUCAUCUCGUCGUUGGACAGCAACGCCGGUGCGCCGUACCUGAUGAACGAGGGAGACUACAUCUGGGAAAACGACUACGACGUCAAGUCGCCGUCUCAAUUCUCGUGCACACCCAAGCGACCCAAGGAAGUCGCCAACAACGUAGCGACCGCUAAAGCCUCGAACCGUCUUCCCAUGCUCAACCACUUCCUGUACGCCGGAUCCUCAGGCGUCAUCGACAUCGAAUACCCGAACGCGACCUACGUGUCGACGACGAACGCGCCGAGCGGCGGCGCGGGAAACCUCGGCGACGCCGCGAAGAAGUGCAAGGGCGAGUGGGGCCAGUCGCCGUCCUUCAUCCUGGUGGAUUUCUUCAACAAGGGCCCCGCCAUCGACACGGUGGACGACCUCAACGGCGUGAGCAACGCCGUCGGCCGCAAGGACCUGAAAGACGCGGAGAAGACUAGCGACGCGUCGACGUACCACAAUGUGUUCAAGGGUCUGGUCGACGUGGUCCAGAAAGCCAAGACGGGAGGCCAUCCCAGCAUGGGCGAAUGGGUCUGGGCUGGUGGAGAUUGGGGGAGCCUCGGCGGGGGGAUUGCCGUAUAGAUACUUAUCUUUUUUUUUUCUGUUUUCUUUGUUCUUUGUUAAAGCGGGAAGCUUGAUUGAUUUCGGUGGCAAGGAAUAUAGCGUUGCAAGAGGCUUUCCUUCCUUGUGUGAUAUUUUGUUUUGGCUUGUUUUAUUUCGAUUACCUUGUGAUACAUAUACAUGGCAGGGACAGACCGCAUCGGACCGGCGUUGCAGGGUUCGU